UGUUUGGGGAAAUAAACUGUUUGGUUGUUCAGCCAGCGAAAGAGUAUUUCCUUCAGCUGUCACGGAAAAUAUUGUUCAUAAGACAGCCUUUACGAACAUUCUCCUCAGAAUCACAUUAAUACGAGCGUUUAUAGGCCUACCUGUUCAUAUCUAUUUUAUGUUUUGCUCGUUUGGUAGGCUACUUUGUAAAGUGGCACUGAGAAAAGCCAUCAUAGAGACGGCUAGCUCUUGACUUUAUUAAGUGUCACUGUAAAUUACAGAAGAUACAGCACCGGCGAAACAAUUUUAGCUAGCAGACGUCCUCUGCGAAGUGAAAACGAUGUCUGACUUCAUUAUUUUAUCUCUGAUAGUCAUUCUUAUCAUAUGUUUGAUUGCAACGGUGGUAGCAUUUGUUCUGUAUUCAGGUGUAUUUUCAGAUGUUGCUAUUAAAACUGGGUCGCCUCCUAUCAAAAAUGUCACCAUUGCCUACAAGUUCAAAGAGGGUUCAUACAAGGACUGUGGGGCAGCUUAUACCGAGAGUUGCAGCAUCGGACCAAAACUCAAUUCCAUCGGCGUGUUCUACGAUGACCCCAAGGAGAGGCCAGCUGAGAAGUGUCGUUACGUGGUCGGCAGCAUCCUGAGCGAAGGCCAGGAGCAGCCGGAUGAGGAGCUGCAGAAACUGUACGAGAAGUUUGGCUUCAAGGUGUUCUCCAUGCCUGAGGUCACCCACGCGGUCACUGCCUCCUUCCCCUGCACCACCCCCCUGUCCCACCUGCUGGGGCCCCUCAGGGUGUACCCGGAGCUCUCCUGCUAUGUCCAGGAGAGGAAGUUGUGUGCUUUCCCUGCCAUUGAGAUCUACAAGUCAGACCUGAUCCACUACAUGAUGCCGCUGUCUCGCCAGACAGACUUCUUUGUUCCAGAGAUGAGAGAGGAAGCCAAGAGAGACACCAAUGACAAGGAGUCAGACGAGGACAUGGGAAGUGACAUCACAGGUGCUGAUUCCAACAGCGAGGCCAGCUGGGUGAGUGGGGCCGAGCCCGGGGAGAGCAGGGAGUCUUCCCUGGCCCCCUCCCUGACCUCCACCCUGGCCUCCAGCCUCCUGCCACCGGCUCCUCCCAGGGACCAGGGGGACGGGGACGAGCCGGGGCCCCAGCGGGAGUACAGCGAUAGGGGCUCCUUGGGCAGCGGAUCCUCCUUUGAGGAGCUGGACUUGGAGCUGGUGGUCGAGCACGAGGGCCUGGAGGAAGGGGAGGGCCUGGGCCGAGAGGCAGAGGGCCCUGUCGUGGAGGAGGACACCCUGGUGGAGGCAGCUCCGCGAGGGGGCCCAGUGGAGGAGAGGAUGGAGCCAGUAGGGGAUGGACAGGAGUAGGGAGAGGGAUGGAGAGAUGACAAGAGAGGGAUGGAGGUGGAGUAGGGAGAGGGAUGGAGAGAUGAUGGGUAUAGG